CGCAGGAUUCCGUCUCAAACAUGAAAUUGUCAACAGUAAAGAAAAAGCAUCUAAUUGCAGCUGAUAUACUUCUUCUGCUGCCUCUGCUUCUACUGCUGCUGCUCUUGUUGCAAUUGAAACACACUCCAUAGUCUCUUUUUCUUUAUUCAGUCCAUAUUUUUCCCUAUUAUGAACAAGUUCUUGAGAACAAUUCAACAUCUUAGAAAUGAAGCUGAAAAUUGGCACGAAAAAGUCCAACAAUUGGAAAAAAGAAGAAAAGAGUUGGAAUUAGAAUCCAGUAAUAAGGACAAUAUAAUUAAUUCAAUUAUUUUUAAGAACAAAACUUUGCAAGAAGACUACAAAAGAUUAAAAUUUAGAGCAAAUAAAACUACAAAGAUUUCUAUUGAAUCUCUAACACUCAAACUAGAAAAUGAUGAUUACUCUGCAAAAAACUUGGAUUUAGAAUCAAAAUUAGAGGAUAUCAAUCAACUAAUUAAAAUCAAUAACACCAAAAUAAAGGAAAAUGAUUUGAAGAUUGAACAAUUUCAAAGAAAAUUAUAUUCGUUAAAUAACGAUAAAUUAAAUCUAUCAAAACAAAUUAACUAUUACCAAGAUCACUACAAUAGAAAUAGAAAUGAGCUCGACGAUAUAGCUGCUCAGUUAGAUUUCAUAUGACUCCUAGUCAAAAUAAUUAAACAAUCGUUUAAUUAUUUUGAAACUAAUUUGGAUUCAACUUUAAUCCUAGUGGCAUGUUUAAUUGCUUAUCUUUUUUAAUUUUUUUAGUUUUUGAUCUUAAUUUUAUUAAUUAUUUAUUAAUAAAAUUGAGAAAAAGAAACGAAAAAAAAAAAUUAACCACAAACAAACCAAACCCAGUUUUAUCUCCCCAUAUUUUUCAAUUUACCCUUUAUCAUUUCCAUAAAUUAUAUCACCUUACAUCACAUCUCAUAUCAUCUCAUCUUAUCUCAUCACAUCUCAUCUCAUCUCACUCAUCUUGUCUCAUCUAAUGAUAUUUUAUCAUACCACAUUAUACUAUUUCUUUUUCAACUUCAUCGUCGACUAAUCUAAAUAUUUAUCUAUCAAAAUAUUUAAACAUCAAAAUACUAAAAUCAUCAUAUUUGAUUAAAAUAUUAGUUUGUUAAUUCAAUUUGUUAUAAAUCAUUUAC